AUCUCUGAUUCUGCGGCUGCGCUGCGUUGUGUGAUGUUCUGUAAAUUUCAACCUUCGCGCAAAGCGAGAAAUAUUUUCGUUUUUUGUUGAGCUGCUUUAGUGUUUUGCGUAUUUUUUUAAUAUAUUGAUAGUAAAACACGCGUACUAUUCCAGCAAAUAUUCACUAAAACACAGUAUUCGAUGUGACGAAACUUUUGGUUAAAAUGCGACGAAGUUGCGCUCCUUCAAUGAAACGCCCUCUAGUAAAUAUUAAACCUCCUGAACAAUCCUUAGGAAAAUUCUCUAAGCAAGCAACAGUAGUAACAUCAAAUAUAGAAGCUGAUCCCGUCAUGGUAGAAUUGCUUAAUAGCUCAGAAAACCAUGCUCAUGCGCUAAAGGCUUCAUCCAAAAUAAGAAAACUCAGGCCGCCAAAUAAAAAUGAUUCAGAGGAUAAAUAUGUACUAGUACGUUUUACGGUCGUAUACGGUAAAAUAAGCACUCGAAAACACAAAACCUGGGAAGGUGAUGGUACACUAGAACUGAUAGGUCGCUGUGCGACUUUGAGAGAUGAGGAGGGGAAAACCAUUUCUUCCACAAAUGGAAUAAGACUGGAAGAUGUUGAAGAGGGUUCUCGACUAGUUGUUGGCUCUAAAGAACUGGAGAUAAUAGAAAAAAUAGUCGAUUCCGACACAGAGGGGAGAAACAAUUCUAACGUCAACCAGUUGUCACCUGCUCAUUUUAAUCAUCGUGAUAGAAGCUUCAAACCACCAAAAACAAGCCAAAAUGCCGCUUCUCUCAUUCUUUCAACAAAUUCUAACGUUCAGACGUCAUUCAAGAGCGUAGGAACACAGAAACUUUAUGGACCGAUAGAUGACGCUCCAGAUGAAUUCAUCCCGUUAUUAAUGCCGACCCCAUCUUUUGAGCAUCAAUGGAAACACAACAAGAACAAAGUUCCGCUAUCUGAGGUAUCCGUGCCAUAUUGUUUAGCUAAACAUUUGCGUCCUCAUCAGCGGGAUGGUGUCAAAUUUUUAUACAAAUGCAUUAUGGGAUACACGUUACAUGACCACGAGUGCUUCGGAGCCAUCCUAGCCGAUGAAAUGGGAUUAGGAAAAACAUUACAAUGUAUUUCUGCAAUAUACACUCUACUUAGGACAGGACCUUAUGGCCAAACACUAGCAAAACGAGUUUUAAUCGUAACACCAAGCAGCUUGGUGGUGAGUUGGAAUCUUGAGUUUUCAAAGUGGCUAGGCUCAGAGCGAAUUUUCACUUUCAUUGUUGGCCCGAAUAAUAAACUCAAGAAAUACGCACAAUCGCCUCAUAUACCAAUACUGAUAAUUUCAUACGAAAUGCUAGCUAAACAAAUAGCCGAUCUAGAGUCCGUAAAAUUCGAUUUAAUGGUUUGUGAUGAGGGCCAUCGUCUUAAGAACAGCAAUAUUCGAGUUUUUUCUGUUAUAGAUAAUAUCGAUUGUAAAUGUAGAAUUCUGCUCACCGGAACUCCCAUUCAAAAUGAUUUACAGGAAUUUUAUUCUCUGAUAAAUUUUGUAAAUCCGGGACUUUUAGGCUCAUAUAGUGAAUUCAAAAGUAAAUACGAAACACCGAUUGUACAAUUGCAGCAACCAAAUAUUUUACCACAGUUGCAAGAACACGGCAAUACUCGUCUUGAUGAACUGAAUCAAAUUACCUCGGUUUUUGUACUUCGUCGUACGCAAGAAAUUAAUAAUAAAUAUUUACCUGAAAAGCAAGAAGUAGUAAUAUUCGUUCAUCCUUCAGCGCUUCAACAGAAGCUUCUCCAUAUGGCGUUAGAAAAUAACAAUCAAUCCGGUGCGGCAUUUACGUCACCCUUACAGUUAAUCACUAUCCUAAAAAAAAUAUGCAACCAUCCAUCGCUCAUCGCAACCAAAACGGAAAAUGAUCCUGAAUCGCUAACUAAGCUUCUCAACGACCAUCUACCAGUUUGGACUGAAAUGGGCCCAGCUGAUUCCGGAAAAGUUGGAAUCCUCGAAGUUUUACUGGAGAGGUUAAUCGAACGUCGAGAGAAAGUCGUUAUCGUUUCUUACUACAGUAAAACAUUGGACAUGAUAACGGGACUCUGCGAGUAUCAUAAUUACAAAUUUUGCCGUCUUGAUGGAUCUACACCAUCUAAUGACAGAUGUAAAAUUGUAUCUAGCUUCAAUAGUUCGACGUCUGACAUCUUUAUAAUGCUCUUGAGUGCCAAGGCUGGUGGAGCAGGGUUGAAUCUGGUUGGUGCAUCUCGAUUAGUUUUGUUUGAUAACGAUUGGAAUCCCGCAAGUGAUCUACAAGCCAUGUCUCGAAUUUGGCGAGAUGGGCAAACACGGCCCGUCUACAUAUACCGCCUAAUCACUGCGUAUUCCAUCGAAGAAAAAAUAUAUCAGCGACAAAUCUCAAAAACUUCACUGAGUGGAACGGUUAUUGAUCAGAAACAAAAUUUAAAUAAUCUUAAAUUCUCAGACGAAGAUCUAAAAGAUUUAUUCUCUACUUCAAUCUGCGACGAUGAUUGUCUUACCCAUCAGUUACUAUCGUGCACCUGUCAAGGAACGGGUGAUGUACCGGAAUUCCUAAGCACUCGCAAAAAUGAUAGUGAUUCAUCAGGAGAAAGCCGAUUUCAACUACGAAUAAAGAAAACGCAACCAAUCAAAUCACAAAGAUCAAUGAAAAUGCAAGAGCUAAUGCGAUGGGAACAUCACCGUACUCCUAUCAGGCUCGAUGUUUUAGAGGAACUGUUAUUAGUUGAUAGCCUAGAAGACUAUGUUUUUGUUUCGCAAUAGAAUAAACCACACUCUAGUGAAAUAAUAUAACCAUGAUUAAACGGAUGACACUACGUGUCAGUAUAGCUA